UUUGCUCAGUAAGUAACAUCUUGCACGCGGUGAUAUACCAACGCAGCGAUGUAAACAUGUGUCAGAAAAUUUCGUUGUAUUAACUGGAGAGCUUGUUUAAUCGAUAAAAUUUCAAAGAGACUGUUUAUCAUGUUGCCUAUCGUAACGAGAUACAGCAUAAUCUCGAGGAUAUCUUGUAGCUUAUUAAAUAAGACUUUGAUUAAAAAACGUAUCAUACAAGUGAACAAAUGUAAAAGCUACGUUCGAGGUUAUGUUAACCUUAAUUCAAUACAUUUUUCGAAGAGAAAUCCUCAAACUUUAUUACAAUCGUCUCUAAAAAAUUUUAGUUCAGAUACUAAAUAUUCGACAGAAUACUCACUUAGCUCUGUGCAAUACGAGAAGAUCUGUGAUGAAACUUUAGACUCAUUAAGCGAAUGCUUUGAAGAGUUAAUCGAAGCAGCGGCACAUUUACCAGAUGCGGAUGUCUCUUAUGGAGAUGGUGUACUGACUGUAAUAUUUGGUGAGCCACAUGGUACUUAUGUUAUAAAUCGCCAAAUACCAAACAAACAGAUUUGGCUCUCUUCUCCAAAAUCAGGACCAAAACGUUAUGAUUUUAUAAAUGGCCAAUGGAUAUAUAAACAUGACGGCAUAACAUUACAUGAACUAUUAAAUAAUGAGAUACCAGCAAUUGUGAAAAAUCAAGCAUGCUUUGAUAAAUGUUCCUUUAGUGGUAAAGAAAAACAAGAUAUGUGAUUGAUGAUUUUUUCUUCCUGAGAAAUAAUAUCAAUAGAGAUUUAAUUAUGAUACCCGGUGUGAAUCUACUAUAAUUAUUUUUAUAUAAUUAUAGGUGGAAGUUACUAAAAGAUAGAUUUAUGACAAAAUUAUAUAUAAAACUAAUAUUAAAAUAAGUGAAAGAAAUUUCUUAACAAUAUAUGUAUAUAUAUGUAUAGAUACUACAGUGUAAAAUCUUCAUGUGAGUAAUUUUAAUAUAUCAAGUAAUCAUGUAUUAUUGUAUAUUGCAAAUUGAAUUUUUGUACUGGCACAUAUA